AUGAUUAGUAAGCACCUCAGCGAGCCUUGGUUUUCUUAUGUUGAGCAAGGAAAAAAGACAAUCGAGGGCAGACUUGAAAGAGAAGAAUGGUCUAAAAUAAAACCUGGAGAUAUUAUCGAAUUUUAUAAUUCUGACACAGGUUCCAAGCGAGCAUUUCAAGUUAAAGUUGUAGACAUUAAAAAGUAUUCAUCGUUUAAAUCUCUAAUUAACACUGAAGGGCUGAAUAAUAUUCUUCCUGGUGUUACAAGUUUAGAAGAAGGCAUUAAAAUAUAUGAAAAAAUCUAUGGUUCAACUCCUAAUCAUAAUAUAUUAGGAAUUAAGCUUCAAAAACUGUAA